AUGCCGCUACAGGAUGCUCCAAUGGAGCGGCAGGGAGGGAUGGACAGCACCCAGGCGGAAGAUCUCUCUGAUGACAGCGACUUGGUGGUGAAUACGGCUGAUGUCGCUCGGAAGUUGGCGCCCAGUCGAGGGGUUUCGAAUAAUACGGUUAAACCGAGCGAAAUAUUGGGCAAUUUGGGGAAGACCAAACCGCCCACUCCGCAGGCCCCAACCUCCUCUGUCUCCCUCGAGGACCUUCUCACGGCCACACCAGGGAAAGCGGCGGCGACGGUGGACCCUCGUGGGGAUGCACUUGGUGGAAUAAAGAAGGAAUGGGUAUCGGGCGUAUUCAAGUGGAUUGCCAAGUUGGACGGUUUGUGGUAUAUGCGAGGGAACGCCACUACUGUCAUCAAGUACCGCUUCAAACCGGUGGAUGCAUUAGCAGACGAUAGAGGAAGAUUUAUGGCGGUUCAAAUAGAGGAUAGCCCAGCGAAUGUUGGCUACUUGAUACUGAAAGAGCCUGAGUCUCGGCACAUGAAUAACUACUUCUAUACGGACUUGGUGUCAUUGGAGGAUCUCCGACCUGCUGUGAAGGAGAAGGGUGUACUAUGGCAGCUCACUGAAGGAUGCUUCAACUCCAACUUUGACACACUGACAUUCAUCCGACCAUCUGAUGAUCCCAAAAUUGUUGCUAUCUUAUUUUCAAUCUUGCAGAGUGGAGGGACUCAGUGGCUCGUAUUUGACCGACAGCCCCGGAAGAAAAACGAUACACCCGAUAGCAGGGAAAGUCGUCGGUCUUCUCAACAACAACAACACGUUGUUACCCCUGAGGCCCCUCAUAGUGGCCGACAUGAAGACGGUGGAGGCGAUUACUAUGGGCACUGGACAGAUUGGAAAAAGAGUGACGGUGCGUGGCAAUGGGAUGACUAUAACAAGUCGUAUGAAGGAGAAGGGAAGUGGAGGAACCAUCAGAAAGGAUGGGGACAGGAGUGGAAAAAGGAGGAGACUCGCUCUAAGGGCGUUGUGGAUUGGAAUAGGGUAGAGUACCAUCCUGACUGGCGGAGAUUCACCGGGGAGUGGUAUGGUUUCAAGCAGUAUGGGGAAGCGCCUCGGCCGUCGUUCAAGUCAUACGAACUCCCGGGCCCUCACAAGGAUGACCAUUUGAUCGACAUGGCGACGAUACUAUUCGUAUACGGCUUUCCGCGUAGCUACAGCGAAGACGACCUGAAGGAAGCAUUCUCGAAAUUCGGCGAAGUGCAGGAGGCUAAGGUGAAGAGAAAAUGGGGUCAUCGAGGGUAUGGAGCUGGAUAUGGGUGGAUAAGAUACGCCAAUCGCGAUGAGUGUGAACGAUGUGUCGCGGCAACCAAGAAUAAAAUGACUUUUCAGGGUAUGAACUAUCCAGCUAAGAUUCGACCAGCGAUGGAUAAGGACUUCCAUCUCGAAUAUAGAGACAAGUUGUAUCCCGAGGAUAUGGCCAGAAGAACGGGGUAUUGGUUGAAGGUGCUGAAAAAUAUCGAGUGCAUCCCAAAGAAUUACGAUAAAGGAUUCGAACUGCGAGUUUUCGGGAGGGUCGUGCUUCAAUUCGACAUCGGAGCUCGGAAGGCGACUCUGUAUGAUGCCGCAGUCAGCAAGCACGUGGCGAUAUUUGUCAUGAACUUGUUCUUGGAGAACGUCGUGGAUUGUCGAAUCGAUAAUUACCACGCGGUUGGCGAGUCAGACGAGAAUUAUCAAGUGUAUAAAAAUUUCUCUCGUCGUGGGGCAACUGACAGCGAACCUUACGAGUCGGGGAUGGAGUUGGAUUUGAGGCCGUGCAAGAAUGCUGAUUUGGAUUCAGCUUCCAGACUUACCGAAGUGCUAAAGACAUAUAUAUUGAUCAAACAGCAUAAAAUUGAGAAUCGAGAUGAUGGUUGGCUCGUGUGACUGCCGUUGUGUCGGUGUUGGAUUUAUGAUUCAUUUGAAACUAU